AUGACGCACUUGAUGGGGCCCACGGAGUGCGCCAGCGCCAUGAUGACCACCUCGAUGCAGUUCCUGGACACCAGCCUGCCGGACUACAACUGCUAUGCCAACGACUACUGGACCUCGCCCUACAUGACCGGCGGCCUCAGUCCCAUGAAGCAGAUCGAAGCCUGCAUCCAAACAGCUGGCAAGGAUCGUUCGUACAAGCCGCUGGAGCAGAUCGAUGCCAAGUUGGCCGACAUCGAGACGCACAGUACGGGCAGCACUGGCACCGCGAACAGCAGCAGCAGCAGCCUCUCCAGCGGCAAUCCCAUCUCCAAUCCCAGUUGCCAGGAGCAGUCCUCGUCCCUCCUGCCAACCGACUAUCCCGGCGGCAACAGUGAAGCCUCGACGGCAGCAACAUCCGCCGGCACGGCAGCCACAUCGACGGCAGCGGGCGGAGGAAGUGCAGCCGCGGGAUCCAAGAAAUUCAAGGGCCAACACAAAAAAGACAACAGUGCGGACAAUAAUACAGUGAAGGCCAACAGUAGUAGCUCCAGCAAAGGGGAAUCGGAGCCAGUGCAUCCAUCGCUCGCCCAGGCCAUCGUGGUGCUGGAGACGAAGGCGCUGUGGGAUCAGUUCCACGCCCAGGGCACCGAGAUGAUCAUCACCAAGACGGGCCGUCGGAUGUUUCCCACCUUCCAGGUGAGGAUCGGCGGCCUUGAUCCCCACGCCACCUAUAUCUGCAUGCUCGAUUUCGUGCCCGUGGAUGACAAGCGUUAUCGCUACGCUUUCCACAACUCCUGCUGGGUUGUAGCUGGCAAGGCGGAUCCCAUCUCCCCGCCCAGGAUCCAUGUGCAUCCCGACUCACCUGCCGCCGGUUCCAAUUGGAUGAAGCAGAUCGUGUCCUUCGACAAGCUGAAGCUCACCAACAACCAGCUGGACGAAAAUGGUCACAUUAUUCUGAACUCAAUGCAUCGCUAUCAACCACGAUUCCAUUUGGUGUACUUGCCGCCGAAGAAUGCGUCCUUGGAUGAGAACGAUCACUCCCGUCACUUCCGCACUUUCAUCUUUCCAGAGACGAGCUUUACGGCCGUAACUGCCUACCAGAAUCAGCGGGUGACACAGCUGAAGAUCUCCAGCAAUCCGUUCGCCAAAGGCUUUCGGGAUGAUGGCACCAAUGAUGUAACCACUGGCGGAGGCAGCAGCAUGUCCUCCAUGAGCCACGAAAGUCAGGCUCGCAUGAAGCAACAGCAGCAGCAACAGCAACUGCAGCAGCAGCAGCAGCAGCAGCAACAGCAGCAGCAACUCAAGGAGCGAACGGCGGCAACUAGCAACUUUAGCCUGAGUUGCACCGACUUGGGCGUGGAGCAGCAGCAACAGGGAGUCCUGCAACUGCCGGCCACGCCCUCCAGCAGCUCCACCUCCGGCAACUCCCCCGAUCUGCUGGGCUACCAGAUGGAACAGCAACUGCAACAGCAACAGCAGCAGCAGCAACAGCAACACCAGCAGCAGCAACACCAUCCUCAGCAGACACAUAUCCACCAGCAACAUCAGGCGAACCAGCAGCAAUCGCUGCUCCAACAGAGCCAAAACCAGACCCAAUACGGAAGCUAUCACCAUGCCUACCAGCCACAGCCCCAGUCGCAUCCCCUCACCCCCCACUCCACCAGUUCCGCAUCCCCGCCAGCAACAGCCGCGGGAGCAACUGCAUCAGGAACGGCAGCCGGCACAGGGGCAACAUCAGCCGGCACGGGAGCAACACAAGUGAUGGCCGCGGCCAAUAUUUACUCGAGCAUCGGUCAACCCUAUGCCCAGGAACAGAGCAACUUUGGCGCCAUUUACCAUCAUAAUGCGGCCGCUGCCGCCGCCGCCCACUAUCACCAUGGCCACGCCCAUGCCCACGGACACGCCCACAGCCACGCCCACGGCCCGUAUGCCAGCGCCUACGACAAGCUGAAGGUGUCGCGUCACGCGGCCGCUGCCGCCUACGGCAUGGGCGCCACCUAUCCAAGUUUCUACGGCUCGGCGGCCCACCACCAGAUGAUGCGGCCCAACAGCUAUAUAGACCUGGUGCCACGCUAAAGAUGAUCUGGGGUGGUUCUAUAAACGCUAAUAAUCGGGUUCACAAGUCCCCUAGCGAUUUCAACUUAAAUAUGCUAAGAAAUAUCCUUAAACUUGCCUGUAAAAAUGAUUUAAUACUCUACAUUAAGAUUACUUCGUCAAUAUUUAAAAGCACAAAAUAUUCCUGCCAAAACUUUCUGAAGCCAUAAUAUAUUUCUAAAAUCAAGAACUUGCAUCCGAAAUCGAGGUACUUUGUUGCAUUAUCCACCAAACUAAGAACCGUUUGUUUCUUAAAUCUUAUCUUAAAAAUUAUUUUAAAUAUAAAAUGUUUUAUGGAAAAUCGUAACUGUAAAACUAAAGAUUUUUUAAAAGAGCUUUUUAAAUUUUUUUUUUUAUUGUUUAAAUGAAAAUUGUAACUGUAUUACUAAAGAUUUUUUAAAACAGCUUUUUAAAUAUUUUUUUUAGAACUUAAUACUACAUCAAUUUAAAAUUAGUAAUAUUUCUGCAACAGCCAAGACCUAAAAUAAAUUCUUAAAAUAUUUAAAAUUUAGAAAUAUAAAGUUCUGAUGCCGAGAUCAACAAUCCUUUAAGAAUACAAAAAAAAACAUGUCCGAAACAAAUCAUAUACAUAUGUUACAAAAUAACUUUUAAUUAACCAUGCAAAUUAUAAUUUUUUUUAAAUCUUAUUUGGUCACGGAAUAUUUGCCUUAGAAAAUGUAUAGCUAAAAAUCGUUGUUUAGUAUGGAAUAUAUUCCUUAGCUCCAAAUUCAGAUUGAAUCAUAUACAAUUUAACGAAACAUUUAUGGAAUAAAAACUCCCCUUUGAGAGAUUUCAUUCUUGAUUUUAGAAUUAGAUUGUUUGGUCAGUGCAGGAGUCAAGUAUUAGCAGCCAAAUAUAAAAGCAACAAGUAUUACAAGUAUUUCUACAAAAUAUAUUACCAAAAUAAAAAUUGUUUUUUUUUGUAGAAUAGUUCUUAACUUUAUAUAUUCGUGUGAAACAAAACCAUAAAACAUAUUUGAUGUUAUUUGUAGUGUAAUUUUAAUAUACCUUUUUUUUCUUAACAUUUUAGUUACUUUGUUUUUUCUAUGUAAAUACAAAAUACACCUAUCUCGCUAUAUAUAAAAACUGAAACAGUUUAAAGUAAU